AUGAUAAUUAUUGGUGUACGCGGACUUGAUGCGUUCCACCGCGUCCGUAACACCCGGCGCCUCAAGUUCGACAAAAUCACAGAGAGGCUGCUCAAUGAUUCGCUGUAUGCGCAGCUCCUCAUGAAGAUACCUGUCGACAGGAUGUCGUCAGUCCGAGGGCCGCUCUAUGAUGCUAGCCGGGACAUCGUAUGGGAGAAGUACGGGCUCAAGGCCAUAGAACAUGAUGGUGCUGAGCUGAAGAAGGCGGUACGCGUCUUACUCUCUGGCAAUCGGUUCAUCUGUCCGGGCAAGCUCUCGAACGGAAAGUACACGGAUUUCAAGGCCGACCUACCGUUCUGCGCCCCGGCGAUCAUUGAGAUCGCGAGCACCCUAUUCUUCUGUCCCGACGCUGUCACGCCUCUUGCAGACGAGUUCUUUACGUCGUCGAUCAAGACUGGUGUUGAGGCGACUCAACGCGAGAUACCCGAAGUCAUGGCAGCAUUGCUGGCCACCAUAGCAGGUGCAGCCAUACACGAGGGACUGCAUGGCGUCCGCGCCACGUUACGAAAGAAUGGCGGCUUUAAUGCGGACACGCAAGUGCCGCUUUAUGCGGUACACCUUCAAACGCUCAAGGAACUCUCAGCUAUCGGACGCCACAAGAUCCUCGGCUACCUCUUCAAGACUGCGAAGGUUUACCAUGUCCAGGCGAUGGCUGACAAAACCAAGGCUAACACGCUCGUUAAUCCCGCGACCGCGGGGAUGAGUAUCAUUCUGUAG